CAGGAAAAAGCAGGGAUAUUACGACAAUUUUAAUUCAAUGGAUGAGUGAAUUAAAAAAUAGGCAAUUAGUAAAUUUUCCUUUCAUUUUGAUGGAUAAAGACUUCAUAGCGUCAAACAAACCAAUUUCAAAUUAUUCAUAUGAUCCGAUUGUUGCAUAUCAAGAAUGUUCUGCCAUUGAUCCUUACUGGAAAAGGUCUAAUAAUCACAUAAUGUUUGUUUUUUGUCCGUCAAACCUUAAAAAACAAGUUAUUGAUCUUGUUGAACUUCAUUAUAAUCGACAUAUACUAUUACCGAAGUCUAAUGGUGAAUAUUAUAUGAGUUCGCAAGCUAUAUGGGAAGAUUGUGUUAAAGAAAUG